AUCCGCCCAACCGUCCGGGCUCGAAUUCCCCCCUGGCUUGGAUUUUUUGUGCAAAGCAGUUUACCACAACAGUAUAUUUAUGGUGGCAAAGCGCCGAUACUCGCAAACGCAAAACUCAACCUCCGCUCUGCUCCAUUUUGGUAUUCCCAGUGGGGUAUUGAGGUGGAAUUUGCUUGAUCUAACAUUUCCCGACUGAUCCGAUCGAGGACGCGCUAUCAACUGGCCCAACCGACCAUCCAAAGCGAUAACAUUCGCUUCUAUUGGGCUACUUCCACUUGCCGUGCUCGUAUUCGCAAUUUACCUUGCCUUGCGUGGAUCCGGGCACCAGUUUCCAUGCUCCCCCCUCAUGACGGGCGAGACUCUACCUCAAGGUGAGGUGAUCGGGAUCGUGAUUGGGGCCAUCGUGCUGUUCUCGAUCAUCAGCAUCGUGCCAAUCAUGAUCAUGUGGUAUCACCGGCGCCGAGCUGCUGCUAGAACUACAAAUGAGAUUCACGACCUUACAUUAUCGAUGCAACAGCCCUCAGUGGAGCAAUGGCUAGAGGGGCAGAAUUCCCCUCGAGAUAUUGAACAUCCCAUCUGUCUCUCCUCAUUAUCAUCAUCCCCAUAUCUUGUCCUUCCAGAACCGGCUCGUUUACCCCACGGACAACGUAAGGCUUCCGACUCUCGGUCAGGCGAAUCUUCAUAUACCGAAGCCAAGGAUUGCAGGCAGGAUAGUGGAAUACUUGUUCUAAAUAGAUGUCAUCAUCCCUUCCACACAGCUUGUAUAGCCUCCUGGUUUGAGUACCGACAUUAUAGGUGCCCUAUCUGUCAAGCUUCUUACUCUCCGGCCGAUACUGCAUAACAAUGAAUCCUCUCC